AUGCCUCACGCCAACAUGCCUGCACCGGGCUUCCAGGCGCUGAUCCUUUGCGGACCUGGCGUCUCUCUGGACACCUUCACCUCCAGCCCGAAGGACUUCCCUAAAGCCCUGGUCCCCAUCGCCAAUCGCCCCAUGGUCUGGUAUCCGCUGGAGUGGUGUUAUCGCAUGGGAAUUACGAAUAUCACUCUGGUCACUCCUCCGGAAUCCGCCGAAGCUCUUGAAGCCGCCUUAUCCCAGAAUCCGCAUUUGACCUCUUUGCCUUCCCCGAAGCCCGAUAUCCUUGCCCCGGAGGACCUGACGCAGACCACCGGAACCGGAGAGCUGUUCAGGAUAAAAGAGGUCCAGGAUAUCAUCGAGGGAGACUUCAUUGUCUUGCCGUGUGACUUGGUGUGCGAGCUGGACGGCGCAAGCUUGUUGGAGUCCUGGAUGAUUGAGCAGGGGGGCCUUGGCGGGGCUACCGGUGGUAAGGGAACCAACAACUUCAUUCCGAUGAGCACCGGAGGUGAAAAGAGCGGAAGGAGGGGCGGCAUGGGCGUGUGGUACCAGACCAAAGGGGAGCACGCUGUGAAGGGCGAAGAGACCGAUUUCAUUGCGACAACCCCGUUACCCAAGUCCGUUGUGCCGCCGCAUUCUGGAUCGCUACGCCCGAGCCUAGCCAACCUGGUCUACUCAAUUCCCACAGACGUGUUGAACGAUAUUACCGAGACCAAAAACUUCCCCAUCAGACACACACUGCUCAAGAAGCAUGGAAGAGUCAGGAUGUUGACAACAACUCGCGACUCCCACGUCUACUUUUUCCCGUAUUGGGUGCUGGAAAUGAUCAAGAAGAACGAGAAGUUCGAUUCGCUUAGCGAUGCUCUGGGGUGGUGGGCAAAGGCUGGGUGGCAGUCCGGGCUGGGGGAAAAGCUCGGUCUAGGCGAGAUCCUGCGCCCCUCGGAGAGCGAGGAUGGGGAUGAUAUCAUGGCCGCCACUAGCAUUCUCCAGGAUGAUAUCGAUAUUGCAAGCCUCAGCAGCACAUUCCAACACAAGAUCAACUCCGGAGAGCCACAGCCAAUUUUUGCCUCAAGAGUAGUAGAUCCGGAUAGCCCAUCCCUUCAAGUUACCCCGCCCGAUGUUGAAUCCCACCUCGAAGUUCCUCCUAUCAUUGCCUACGUCCAGCCGACCGAGGUCUCUGCGCCUUUCAUCCGCCGGGUCGAUACGGCCGCCCUUCUUCUGAACGUUUCGCUACGCCUGGCCAAGCUGCCAUCGAUCGAGGAAGCCGGCAAAGGCGCUGCCUCCCCCUUCGCUCACCCGGCUAAGAUUGCGCACCCCGACUCUGUGCCUAAAAGAUGCCGCGUCGAGGCCGAGAACAGUCUCAUUGCUGAGAACGUUAUCAUCGAAGAGAAGUGCAACAUCAAGGAGUCGGUCAUUGGCGCGAACUGCAAAAUCGGCACCGGCGCGCGCCUGCAGCGGUGCUUGCUGAUGGAUGGCGCCGAGGUCGGCGAGAAUUGCCAGCUUACUGGCUGCAUAUUGGGCAGGAGGUGUAAGAUCGAAGGUGGCCCGGCGAAGUCGGAAGAGAAGACCAUUCUGAAGGACUGUGAGGUGCAAGAGAGCCACGUUGUCGAGUGGGGCAAGGAAUGGAAGGAUGAAAAGUUCAAGCGUUUUGGUGGGGACCUGGAUGAAGAUGAAGGUGAUGAUGCAUUUGGAGGAGAUGACGGCACGGAUGAUAUGAUGGCGUAA